CCUGCGCGAGUGAGUCAAGCAGGAAACUCCCAGUUCCCGCCCGGGACCCCCGAGCCACCGCGGACCCCCGAGCCGCCGCGGACACAGUGCCAGGAUGGCGGCCCAGGUGACGCUGGAGGAUGCGCUGUCCAACGUGGAUCUCCUGGAGGAGCUGCCCCUGCCCGAUCAGCAGCCCUGCAUUGAGCCCCCACCCUCCUCACUGCUCUACCAGCCAAAUUUCAACACUAACUUUGAAGACAGAAAUGCGUUUGUCACUGGCAUUGCAAGAUACAUCGAGCAGGCCACCGUACAUUCUAGCAUGAACGAGAUGCUGGAGGAGGGUCAGGAGUACGCUGUCAUGCUAUAUACCUGGAGGAGCUGCUCCAGGGCCAUCCCACAGGUGAAAUGCAAUGAGCAGCCUAACAGAGUGGAGAUUUAUGAGAAAACUGUGGAGGUCCUUGAGCCAGAGGUUACAAAACUGAUGAAUUUUAUGUACUUCCAGAGAAACGCCAUCGAGCGCUUCUGCGGGGAGGUGCGGCGCCUGUGCCACGUGGAGAGAAGGAAGGACUUCGUGUCUGAGGCCUACCUGCUCACCCUGGGCAAGUUCAUCAACAUGUUUGCUGUGCUGGAUGAGCUGAAGAACAUGAAGUGCAGCGUGAAGAACGAUCACUCGGCCUACAAGAGGGCUGCUCAGUUUUUACGGAAAAUGGCGGAUCCACAGUCCAUCCAGGAAUCACAGAAUCUGUCCAUGUUCCUAGCCAACCACAACAAGAUCACACAGUCUCUGCAGCAGCAGCUUGAAGUAAUCUCUGGCUAUGAAGAACUCCUUGCAGACAUUGUGAAUUUGUGUGUGGAUUACUACGAGAAUAAAAUGUACUUGACACCCAGUGAGAAACACAUGCUCCUCAAGGUCAUGGGCUUUGGUCUGUACUUGAUGGAUGGUAGUGUCAGUAAUAUCUAUAAAUUGGAUGCUAAGAAGAGAAUCAACUUAACUAAAAUCGACAAGUACUUCAAGCAGCUCCAGGUGGUUCCACUGUUCGGCGACAUGCAAAUAGAACUGGCAAGAUACAUAAAGACCAGUGCCCACUAUGAGGAAAAUAAAUCUCGAUGGACAUGCACGUCUUCGAGCAGCAGCCCUCAGUACAACAUCUGCGAGCAGAUGAUCCAGAUCCGUGAGGACCACAUGCGCUUCAUCUCAGAGCUGGCGCGCUACAGCAACAGUGAGGUCGUCACAGGGUCUGGCCGCCAGGAGGCACAGAAGACAGAUGCCGAAUACCGCAAGCUCUUCGACCUGGCUCUGCAGGGCCUGCAGCUCCUGUCGCAGUGGAGUGCACAUGUGAUGGAAGUGUAUUCAUGGAAACUUGUGCAUCCAACGGACAAGUACUCCAAUAAGGACUGCCCUGACAAUGCUGAAGAGUAUGAGCGAGCGACACGCUAUAACUACACCAGCGAGGAGAAGUUUGCCCUGGUCGAGGUGAUCGCCAUGAUCAAAGGCUUACAGGUGCUGAUGGGCAGGAUGGAAAGCGUAUUCAACCAUGCCAUCCGGCACACUGUCUACGCUGCGCUGCAGGACUUCUCGCAGGUGACCCUGAGGGAGCCGCUCAGGCAGGCCAUCAAAAAGAAGAAGAACGUCAUCCAGAGUGUCCUGCAGGCCAUCAGGAAGACAGUGUGCGACUGGGAGGCUGGGCGUGAGCCCUUCAACGACCCAGCUCUGAGGGGAGAGAAGGACCCCAAGAGUGGGUUUGACAUCAAAGUGCCUAGGCGCGCCGUGGGACCUUCCAGCACACAGCUCUACAUGGUGCGCACCAUGGCAGAGUCCUUGAGCUCUGCUGAGCUGCUGCGGCAGCUCAAGGCUUUGGGGAUGGAAAGGCUCUUGCAUGUGGUAAACGCGUUUCUGAGGCAGUCCUACAUCUAUCCGCCUCUUUUAACCUUUGGUGGUAAGACAACUUCAUUUGUUUUUUUUGUUGUUGUUGACAUUCACAGCACAGAGGUGAACUGUUUCGCUACAAGUUGUUCUUUCUCCCGGGCAGCUGGUUGGCGGGUGCCGGUCCCUGGAGGAGGAGCCAGGCUGGCUGGCGUGGGUGCUGUCUUAUACAGCUCCCUCCCACCCGACUCAGGCGCUGGGCAGGUUGUAGCGGAGCAGUCCUUCUCUGGGGGUUUCUCUGAGUGUGGCUUGACUAAUGUACCAUGUAUUUUUCCCCCACAAAUGUCUUGGAUAAUGCAGCUUUAUAUGGUGAGAACCAUGCUAGAGUCCCUCAUUGCAGACAAAAGUGGUUCCAAGAAAACCUUGAGAAGUAGCCUUGAGGGACCCACCAUAUUGGACAUAGAAAAAUUUCAUCGAGAGUCAUUCUUCUACACCCACUUGAUAAAUUUCAGUGAGACGCUGCAGCAGUGUUGUGACCUCUCACAGCUGUGGUUCAGAGAGUUCUUCCUGGAGCUGACAAUGGGCAGGAGAAUCCAGUUCCCCAUUGAGAUGUCGAUGCCUUGGAUCCUGACAGACCACAUCUUGGAGACCAAAGAGGCGUCGAUGAUGGAGUACGUGCUCUACUCCCUGGACCUGUACAACGACAGCGCGCACUACGCCCUGACCAGGUUCAGCAAGCAGUUCCUCUACGACGAGAUCGAGGCCGAGGUGAAUCUAUGUUUUGAUCAGUUUGUUUAUAAGCUAGCAGACCAGAUAUUUGCAUAUUAUAAGGUUAUGGCAGGAAGUUUGCUUCUUGAUAAACGGUUAAGAUCAGAAUGUAAGAAUCAAGGAGCAACGAUUCAUCUGCCACCGUCCAACCGUUACGAGACACUGCUCAAACAGAGGCACGUGCAACUCCUUGGCAGGUCAAUAGACCUCAACCGUCUGAUUACACAGCGUGUCUCAGCAGCUGUGUAUAAGUCUUUGGAACUGGCGAUUGGCAGAUUUGAAAGUGAAGACCUGACGUCAAUUGUUGAGUUAGACGGCCUCUUAGAAAUAAACCGCAUGACCCACAAGCUGCUGAGCAAGUACCUGACGCUGGACAGCUUUGAUGCCAUGUUCCGUGAAGCCAACCACAACGUGUCAGCCCCUUAUGGAAGAAUCACUCUCCACGUUUUCUGGGAGCUCAACUAUGACUUCUUGCCCAAUUAUUGCUACAAUGGCUCCACCAAUCGGUUUGUUCGAACAGUAUUACCAUUUUCUCAGGAAUUUCAAAGAGAUAAACAGCCUAAUGCACAACCCCAGUAUUUGCACGGAUCAAAGGCUUUGAACCUGGCCUACUCCAGCAUUUAUGGCAGCUACAGGAACUUUGUGGGUCCUCCACACUUUAAAGUCAUCUGUCGGCUGCUCGGCUACCAGGGCAUCGCCGUGGUCAUGGAGGAGCUGCUGAAGGUGGUCAAGAGCCUGCUGCAAGGCACCAUCCUGCAGUACGUUAGGACCUUGAUGGAGGUGAUGCCCAAGAUCUGCCGCCUGCCCCGGCACGAGUACGGCUCUCCUGGCAUCCUUGAGUUCUUCCAUCACCAGCUUAAGGACAUUGUGGAGUACGCCGAGCUGAAGACGGUGUGCUUCCAGAACCUGCGGGAGGUGGGCAAUGCUGUCCUCUUCUGCCUGCUCAUUGAGCAGAGCCUGUCUUUAGAAGAAGUGUGUGACCUGUUGCAUGCCGCCCCUUUUCAGAAUAUCUUGCCCAGGGUUCACGUGAAAGAGGGAGAGAGACUGGAUGCCAAAAUGAAGAGACUCGAAUCAAAGUAUGCCCCACUGCACCUUGUUCCUCUGAUUGAGAGACUGGGGACCCCUCAGCAAAUUGCAAUAGCAAGAGAGGGGGACUUGCUGACAAAAGAGCGCCUCUGCUGUGGCCUGUCUAUGUUUGAAGUCAUCCUGACUCGGGUUCGGACCUUUCUGGAUGACCCCAUCUGGCGUGGGCCUCUUCCUAGCAAUGGGGUCAUGCAUGUGGAUGAGUGUGUUGAGUUUCACAGGCUUUGGAGUGCCAUGCAGUUUGUCUACUGCAUUCCCGUGGGAACACACGAGUUUACGGUUGAGCAGUGUUUUGGUGAUGGGCUCCACUGGGCUGGCUGUAUGAUCAUUGUACUUCUUGGGCAACAGCGACGCUUUGCUGUACUGGAUUUCUGCUACCAUCUCCUUAAAGUCCAGAAGCAUGAUGGCAAAGAUGAGAUUAUAAAAAAUGUGCCUUUGAAGAAGAUGGUGGAGAGAAUUCGCAAGUUCCAGAUUCUAAAUGAUGAAAUUAUCAAUAUCUUGGACAAGUACCUGAAGGCAGGAGACGGGGAAAGCACACCUGUGGAGCACGUACGCUGCUUCCAGCCCCCUAUCCACCAGUCUCUGGCCAGCAGCUGAGUGACAUCAGUGUCCCGGUUAGGACUACCAG